AUAUCGUAUAAAUUAAGCAUUAAGGCCGCUUAUGGAAUGGCAAGGGUAAAGUGUAAACAUUUUCAACUUCGGUAACGUGAGAAGGAUGUUUCCGAAAUUAAAACUUUGUUCCAGGUUUUCUUCAACUGUUAAUCAGUUAAGGAAGCUAAGCAGUAAAGAUGCAACACCCAUAAACAAGAUUUUGAUUGCCAACCGGGGAGAAAUUGCUUGCCGUGUUAUUCGGACAGCUCGCCGCCUUGGUAUUCAGACGGUGGCUGUCUACAGUGAUGCUGAUCGAGAGUCUCUACAUGUGGCAAUGGCCGAUGAAGCCUUCCACAUAGGACCCCCAGCAGCCUCUCAGAGCUACCUCCAACAAGACAAAAUAAUCCAGGUGGCGAAACAAUCAGGGGCACAGGCAAUCCACCCUGGUUAUGGCUUUCUUUCGGAGAAUACAGAAUUUGCAGAGCUUUGUAGCAAGGAGGGAGUUAUAUUUAUUGGACCCCCAGCAUCAGCCAUCAGGGACAUGGGUAUCAAAAGUACAUCCAAGUCAAUCAUGGCUAGUGCAGGAGUACCAGUUAUUGAGGGUUACCAUGGUGAGGACCAAUCAAAUGAGACCUUGAAGAAAGAAGCAGCGAUGAUUGGUUACCCUGUAAUGAUCAAAGCUGUGAGAGGAGGUGGAGGAAAGGGAAUGAGGAUAGCUAUGAAUGCUGAGGAGUUUGAAGGACAGUUAGAGUCAGCGAGGACUGAAGGCAGGAAAUCAUUCGGGGAUGACGUAAUGCUGCUGGAAAAAUUUGUAGAGACACCAAGACAUGUAGAGGUGCAGGUGUUUGGAGACAGACAUGGGAAUUACGUGUACCUGUUUGAGAGAGACUGCAGUUUACAGAGACGGCAUCAGAAGAUCAUCGAGGAGGCACCUGCGCCUGGUUUGAAUGAAGAAGUGAGGCGUUCUAUCGGAGAAGCUGCUGUACGAGCCGCCCAGGCUGUGGAUUAUGUAGGGGCAGGUACGGUGGAGUUCAUUAUGGAUAAGGACCAAAAGUUCUACUUUAUGGAGAUGAACACCAGGCUCCAAGUAGAACACCCGGUCACAGAGAUGGUCACCGACACAGAUCUUGUAGAGUGGCAGAUCAAGGUCGCUGGAGGCGAGCCUUUGCCAAUCACUCAAGGUGAAGUCAAACUAAAGGGACAUGCAUUUGAGGCUCGAAUUUAUGCAGAGGAUCCCAGCAAUGCUUUCAUGCCUGGGGCAGGGCCUUUAGACUACCUCAGAACUCCCAAACCUGAUCAGAAUACUCGCAUUGAAACAGGUGUCAGAGAAGGUGAUGAAGUAUCUGUUCAUUAUGACCCGAUGAUUGCUAAACUUGUUGUUUGGUCAGAUGAUAGAUUAUCUGCCCUUAGAAGCAUUCGUUCAGCUCUCUCUCAGUAUCAUGUGCUUGGACUAAGCACCAACAUUCAGUUCCUAAUGGACCUAGCGCGACACCCAGAGUUUGAGGCGGGGAAUGUCCACACAGACUUCAUCCCGCAGUACAAUGAACAACUGUUUCCUGUCCGCAGUCUGUCGGACAAAACUAUCUGCCAGGCCGCCGUAGCUCUGAUGUUGAUAGAGCAGGAGAAGGUCCACCACCAGGCCUGCAGCACGUUGGAUCCCUUCUCGCCAUUUUCUGCUCUGUCCUCAGUGCGUGUUAAUACUGCCGCUGUCCACAAACUGUCACUACAGGAUGGGGACAAAAAGCUGGAUAUCGCUAUUCAAACCAAUCCAGACCGGAGUUACUGCCUGACGUUUGGAGGGAAAUUGUUCCAUGUGUCAGGGGAGAUUCACGAGGAGGGGGAGGGGGUCAAACUGACCUGCAGCGUGGACGGGGUCUUCUCCAAGGCUGAUGUUGUCCUCAACAACAGCACAGUGCAUGUUUUCUCCACUGAGGGUAAAUAUGACCUGACUCUGCCCAUCCCGUCAUACCUGAAGUCAAAGGACGAGUCGGGCUUCUCUGAAGAUGUGUUAGCCCCCAUGCCUGGGGUGAUAGAGAAAGUGCUAGUGACCCCUGGCACACAAGUGCAGAAAGGUGACCCAUUGGUGGUCAUGAUUGCCAUGAAAAUGGAGUAUAUCAUCAAAGCGCCAAAAGAUGCCAAAGUGCAGACCAUUUCAUACAAUGAAGGAGAAACUGUGGCCAAAGGAACUACCCUGGUUCACUUUGAGGAGGAGGACCAGUCCAAGAAAGAGAUCGAGUCAGAAUGAUGAAUUGUUGAAUCAGUUCUACAUCUACAUUAAAUGUGAUGAAAUGUAUUUGUGGUGAACAUUUAUAUAAAUUUUGAAAGUCAGAGUGGGUGUGAAUUAUAUCUUUGAAAUUCUUUAUAUAUCUUGUCAAUGAAAAUAUUCAAACAA